AUGGGGCGUCAUUUUUUCCUUUUUGCCCUUUUCGCUCCGCUUAUAGUGAGGAUCCAUGCAGCAGAGUCGGAUACAACUGUUUUCCCGUCUUGCGCAAUCACUUGCAACACCAAGCUAUUCUUCGAUUGCUCAUUGACCAACAAUUUAUCAUGCUUCUGCGCCAGUCGCUCUCGUCCCACAGCCCUUUUAUAUUGUGUUGAAAGUAACUGCACGACAAAAGAAUUCUUUACUACAAAACGUCUGUAUGAACAAGAAUGCGAUAUAACACCGCUCAAAGGCCCUCCGGUGGUCAAAGUCUCGACUCUAAUCCCUUUUAUUCUUGCGUCGGUCUUCUUUAUCUCGAGAUUGAUCGCCAAGAGCAGCGGCCUCGCUGGUGGAUGGGGAUGGGAUGAUUUCACAAUAAUUGUCUCAUAUGUUCUGGGAGUCGCCAUAUAUGUUCUGGAUAUCUACAUGGCUUCGGUCGAAAUAUCUGGGACCUCCCGUUUCCCACCAUCACCAGCUAUGGCCGUUAUGUAUAAGGUUCAAAUUUCCCUCGCAAAGAUCUCCGUGUGCCUUUUCCUACUUCGCAUCUUCCAAUCACGCACGUUCCGCUAUUUAGCAUAUGCGCUCAUCGGUACCAACGCCGCGAUCGGUAUCACUUGGGCCUCGGUGGAUGCCUUCCGCUGCUCGCCGACACACCUAACGUGGACCGGCUGGACGAACGAGGAAUCCGGGUACUGCAUCAAUUUUAUCGUCGCGGUUCUUGUUAACUGUCUGGUGAACAUCUUUGUCGACUUUAUAUUGAUCGUCAUGCCGGUGUAUGAGGUGACCAAGUUGCAGUUGCCUCUGCGAAAGAAGAUAGCUGUGACAUCGAUGUUUAUCGUCGGAUCUGUGUACGCACUUGUUAGCCUGGCCUUUUUUUCUCGUCUACGUGUCACUAACCAAUCUCACAGUCUAACGAUCAUUGCGAUAAUUCGAGUCGUGGUCUUCUGGAACAACCGCUGGGGCGCCAAUGAGACUCUCGGCCUAUACCCCCUCAUGCACUGGUCCGUUAUCGAGUGUCAGAUUUCUGUUAUGUGCGCUUGCCUGCCUGCAUUCAGAGCUCUUAUCGGUCGAUGGUGCCCCCGUCUGGUGGGAGGGUCGUCAUACCGAAACACUACGUCUAACACGGCUGAUUACUAUAACAAAAGGUCAGCGGGGAGCGUCAACAUCAAUAAGUCUGUUACCUACUCGGUGAAUUAUGAGUCCCGGUCGGUAACGAAUAGUGAUGUGGAGUUGGUGGAUAUGGACCCAAAACAUGGGAAAUGA